GCUGCCACACGUACCCGCGGGAACAGGCUGCUCACAUGUACAGUGGCGAACAUGUCACUGCUUCCAUACAGAUGAAGUGCCGGUGCCCGAAUCUUUGGGGCAUUCAUGUUAUAUCCCAUGAGGGGGUCCUGUCACCAGCCCCACGUCCUCUCCACCAGUCAUCCACGAAUCCACCUCAGGGAGCCGUCACCUCCUCCACGUCCUCUCGCCUCAGGACUCCCAUGCAGUCCCCGCCGUCCUCCUCCCUCACACAUUAUGGCCGCGCCUCCUGCUUUCUGGCGCCAUUUAUAAGUUCCCGCCCGGGGUGAGCCGGACUGAGCCGUGUGUGAUCCGGGCAGUGUGUAUGUAUGCUAUCCGCCAUGUUAUUGAGGGUCCGCUCAGGGAACUGUACUGCAGACACCAUGAAGAAGCUGCCUGACUGGAACCGGACCCGGACGGCGCUGCUGGAGCUGGAGGGGAGACUGCGCUGCUCCGUGUGUUUGUCGUUAUUAAAGGAGCCUGUGUGUUUGGGUGGCUGUGAACAUGUGUUUUGUAGGACAUGUGUAGGUGAGAGUGUGGGUAGUGAAUGUCCUGUAUGCCACACACCAGCGUGGGUGAAGGAUGUACAGAUCAACCGGCAGCUUGACAAUAUGAUUCAGCUGUGUAGUAAACUGCAUACCUUAAUCGAUGGAGGAAAGAAUGAUGGAAUCAAAAUGGAUUUAUGUCAAGAUGCAUCACUCAAACAGAACACUACAGAAGGAGAGUCUAAGAAAAGAAACAUAAAGAUGUGGUUUAGCCCCCGGAGAGGGAAGGUGAGGUAUGUUUUGGAACGUGAAAAAAACAGUCAACAGAAGGCUCCAUUGUUAGAGACCUAUGAAUUUGUCUCUUCUUCACCCGCUACGGAACAUGCAAAACCGAAGCCUGUGAAAUGUAGGAAAGCGAAGAAACGGCUGGAGGACAUUAACAAAAAGUGGGAUGUUGAAACACAAAGUGAAAAUACUCAAAGUGUCAAGGAAAACAAUUACCAGGAGUCCAAUAAAUCGGUGUCUUUUUGCAACCAUCCCCAUGUUUUUCUUUUGUCUGAUGUGCAAGAAAAUGAUUAUGAAUGCAGCAAACCUAUUAAAAAUCACCAAGAAGAGAUUGGGCUCUGGUUAGAAAAUCAGACGGAAGAAAAAACAACUGAGAUCGGCAACUUGAAAGACAAUGAUGGUUUGAAGUCUGAGACUGUGACAUAUGGCCUUCUGUCACCUGGUGCUGGACAAGAAACUGACCACAGCAUUGAUCCAAAGCAAAAAAAUAUACCAAAGGAGAUAUCUGUGGAAGAACAGCCAAGUUGUGAGAAGUUGUUACAAUGUACACAGCUAAAGGAUGUUUCUUCUGGAAGACCCGUGAAAGAAAAGACUCCUCUAAAACGGAAACAUUACCCAUCGGCAUCCCCUCAUUCCAGUGCUACAAAACGUCCCAGAAAGGCAAAGGUUGCUGAUGAUUCCAAAUCAGAAGGUGAUACUGGUGGCCUUGAGAAAAUCAGAAACAAUGAAGUCAGAAAAUCUCCAAAAGCAGACACAAAUCCUAAACCCAAUUCCACACCUCGCACUCCCAAGGAUGGCCGAAGAAAGAGCCAGCUUGGGACGAACGUACAGACAUCGCCGAGUAAUUUUCCAUUGAUGAAGAAGAACCACAAGGGUGAGACAAUGCUCCAUGUGGCUUCCAUUAAGGGUGAAGUGGGAGCGGUGGAGGAACUUCUGAAGAGUGGAGCAAACCCAAAUGUCAAAGACAAUGCUGGAUGGACACCUUUGCAUGAAGCUUGUAACCAUGGGCACACAAAUGUGGUAGAAGUACUUCUUCAACAUCAGGCCCUAGUGAACACGACUGGAUACCAGAACGACUCCCCUCUUCAUGAUGCUGUAAAAAAUGGCCACAUAGCCAUUGUCCGGCUUCUUCUCCAGCAUGGAGCUUCACAAGAUGCGGUUAAUAUAUUCGGUCGGCGGCCCGUAGACUAUGCAGAAACAGAGGAGAUAAAGUCGGUAUUGCUGCAAACACAAGCAAAAAAGCAACUCCAAACUCCAGGCCCUACACAAAAGGUUGUCCAGUGCAGAGAAGGUACCAUUGUCAUUUUAGCAAGUGGUUUGUCUGCCUCUCAAAGAACUGAUCUCAACAAGCUUGGUUCAUUAUUAAAAGCAGAAAUAUGUUCCAACUACAACAGCUCAGUUACUCACGUUAUAGUUGGAGAUGAACCUAUGCUGCGUACGAUGAAGUGCAUGAUGGGAAUAUUAUCUGGAUGCUGGAUUCUCCGGUGUGCUUGGGUAAAGGCUUGCCUCGAGACAAGAAGACGGCAGCCAGAAGAAUUUCAUGAAGUAGACAGUGGACCUCAUAGAGCUCGGCUCAAUAGAGAACAGCUGCUGCCAAGCCUGCUGGAUGGAUGUCAUGUUUACUUCCUUGGAUGCUUCAAAGAACACAAAAAGGAAGACCUCAUUGAACUGGUUAAAGCUGCUGGUGGUCAAAUCCUAAUUCGUCAACCAAAACCAGAUAGUGAUGUAACUCAAACUAUUAACACUGUAGCAUACCAUGCAGAUGCAGAUUCUGACCAAAGGUUUUGCACACAGUAUGUAAUAUAUGAUAAAACUUCCAAAUUCAUUCCAGGCAGGGUGCGCCAAGGUAAGGUUUGGUUUGCCCCCUCAAGCUGGCUGAUUGAAUGUAUUACCAGCUUUCACCUGCUGCCAGUGCCUUAAACAUAGCAUAUCCUAUAAAAUUCAAUAUAUCCAGAAGAUACUACAUUUCUUUACAUUCAAGCCUUGCUGUAUUUGUAUAUGCCAGUAUCAUUCACUGUGUUUUGUUUUCUCAAAAAAAUAAAAAGUAUAAAUAAUGAAAGCACCAUCUGCUAAACAUUAAUUCCCAUUGCUUGCUGUAGCUGGCUUUAUGCAUAAUUGGUAUAAAGAUACAGGGCUACAUUCUCUUCUACUGGCUUUGUAGUAGCCUUACUCUUGGGCUUUUAGAAACCAGAGUGGGGUUUAUAUCUUUAUAUAAGUAAUUUAUUACAGGUGUGACUACAGCCAGAGACCAAAAAAAGUAAUUCUUACAGGCUUUUAGCUCAAAUAACUGCAUUGUCCCUAUCAUGAAAGUAUUAUAUUAUAAAGAUGUAAUACAUUGUUUGUCUUUUCAUUUUGGAUGUUUUUUGGUUGUUGUUUUUUUUUUUUUUUUUUUUUAAAUCCCUGCUAUUUUGUUUCUAUCCAUUGCUGGUGACAUCCAUAGUUUGUUAACAAUGAAAUAAAAUAAGUUGAUCUUUUAUCCUAAUCUGUUAUUUUGCAAGCAUAUGAACCAUGAUGGUUAAAGGGUUGUCUUAUUAGACAAUAAUAACCUUUCAAAAAAAACAACUGAAUUUUAUAAUGUGUGAGUGUGGAAAAAAGGUUGUUUAAUAUUACAUUUACAGACAUACACUUAACAUCAAUAUUUAGAAUGGGUUUUUACCACCAGCAACAACCAUCACCUAUCUUCUUUCCGAGCUGUCAUCUGCUUUUUGUUUGGGAAGAGAGUUGAAUAAAGCAGCAGAGUGCGUUUUCAACCAGGGAGCACACUGGAUCGCAUGUCUAUUCUUUCAAGCCAGAUAGACUUUCACC